GGGUCGCGCGCCGUUUUGGAGACGGAGAGCAGGAGAACUGGGGGGAAAAGGGGCGCUGACUGGGGGAUUAGAGCCUACAAAAGCCGAAGUGCGCUCAACUCCUCCUCCCCAAUUACUCACACUGCGCUCCGAGCUCGGGGAGAGGGCGCGCGGCCCUGAAGACACGGGAAAAAGAGAAAUCACGGCAGUGGAAAUUCGGUAUUGGACGUUGUUUUGCUCUUUCGGUCGUAUCGAUGCGCGAGCAGUGCUUGUGCUUAUUACUUGCACCUUUUUUUGAGCUGACACGGAGAGAUUCAACAAAAAAAACUAUUCUACACCGGCUCCGGGAUUAUAUAUGAUUUUUUCCCAGCGACAUAAAAAUGGAUUUCUGAUCAAUCAGGUGCGUGAGGCACUUUAAUCGAGCAACGAAUGAAUUUAUUUCUAAAAAAAAUAAAAUAAAGAAGAACGAAAGAAGGAAGGAAAAAACAGCAACACACUGCUGGUCGUUAUAAGCUCGUGCUGACAGAUGCUCCUCCAACAUGUGGUAAAGGAAGAUCGCUCCUUAUUUUAUUAUUUUACGCGUCUGUAGAAGUAGAAACAGUGCCUUGUUUCCGAAGCUCUCAAAAUCCAAGGAACGCGCAAAUAUCGGCGUGCGCGCGCGCCAUGUGCCAUGUAUGUGCUGCUAAAGCCUGGAGCGCCUGAAGACGUCCACCACCAGCAGCCUGCGGGGAGAGUGCGGGGAAGCGGCGGGAAGUGCGCGCUGGAGGCUGGGCUGCACUGAGCAGGAGCCGUGGGUCGUAUGAACUGCACCGGGCCGGGACUGCGCCUCACGGAAAUCUCGGCCCGCAGCACGAAAGCGAGCACGUGCUGCUCGUUCUCCACGAUGCUUUUCCACGGCGUGCCCGGCGCCGACAUGCGCGGGGUCGUGGAGGAGAUGGAGCGAAGGGGCAAGAGCGACUCGGCGCCCAUCAGCUCCGCCAUCGACAUGGGGGAAACAGAGACGAGUGCGCCGUCCAUGAGCGGUGAGCGCGUGGCGUUGUGCGCGGGCUGCGGCGGCAGGAUCUCUGACCGAUACUACCUGCUGGCCGUGGACAAGCAGUGGCACAUGCGCUGUCUGAAGUGCUGCGAGUGCAAACUCAACCUGGAGUCCGAGCUCACCUGUUUCAGCAAGGACGGUAGCAUCUACUGCAAAGAGGACUAUUACAGGAGGUUUUCGGUGCAGAGAUGCGCGCGCUGUCACCUGGGCAUCUCGGCUUCUGAGAUGGUGAUGCGCGCGAGGGAUUUGGUGUACCACUUGAACUGUUUCACGUGCACGACGUGUAGCAAAAUGCUGACCACGGGCGACCACUUCGGCAUGAAGGACAGCCUGGUGUACUGCCGCCUGCACUUCGAGACGCUCGUGCAGGGUGACUACGGCGCGCCGUUCGGGCACGCGGACGUGGCGCAUGGUAAAGGCGCGGUGCCCGCGGGCCCGCUGGGACUGGCCUACUACAACGGGGUGGGCACCGUGCAGAAGGGCCGACCGAGGAAGAGGAAAAGUCCGGGGCCGGGGGCUGAUCUAGCGGCUUAUAAUGCAGCGCUUAGCUGUAAUGAAAACGAUGGUGAUCCUAUGGACAGAGACUCUCAGUACAGUUCUGGCCAGAAGACCAAGCGCAUGAGAACCUCCUUCAAGCACCAUCAGCUCCGAACCAUGAAGUCCUAUUUCGCCAUCAACCACAACCCUGAUGCCAAGGACCUGAAACAGCUGGCCCAGAAAACGGGGCUCACCAAGCGAGUACUUCAGGUUUGGUUCCAGAACGCCAGGGCCAAGUUCCGGCGGAACCUCUUGCGUCAGGAGAACACGGGCGUGGACAAGGCUUCGGAUGGGUCCAACUUGCCCGGAGGAACCCCGUCCGGACCGGCCUCGGAGAUCUCCAACGCGUCCAUGAGCCCGUCGAGCACUCCAACCACACUGACAGACCUUACCAACCCCACCAUGCCCACCGUCACUUCCGUACUGACCUCUGUGCCUGGUAGCCUGGACGUCCACGAGUGCCGGAGCCCCUCACAGACCACCCUCACCAGCCUCUUCUGAUGCUAGUUCACCCAGGCCCUCGGUGACCUUCACCCUUAUCGUCCAACUGCAGGGCAAAGGGCGAAUGGACCUUACAGACACUAGACUGCUCAUCUUCUCGGCUUGAGUCACUGAAGAGCCGAAAUGCAUCGUUUUCCUAUUUUAUGUUGUUGAGGAUCCAGCGCUGGAUGACCUUGCUUUGAGAUCGGAACCACGAGCAUCGUCCUUGCACUGACAUCACUGACGUCACUGGUAUUUCCCAUAAAACAGAAACAAUCCACCGUCCACAUCCACGUCAUGCAGCUGGAACGUGUGCAGCUGGUCACUUGCACAAAAUAAAAAAAUUAAAUAAAACAAAACCUCACUGCAACUGCAAAACUGCAACUGCAAAACUGCAACAACAGUCACAAACCUCCGUAGACGGGCGACGUACGAUAGAUGGCGAAGCCCAAACUUAAACGUAGCUUACGCUCGGUCCAAACACAAACCAGAGACGAUGAAAAUUUAAACAAAACAAAAAAAAGACUUUUAAAGGGGGACGAGAAAAUGAAAAAUUAAAAAAUGAACUGAGCUAAAAAAGAAAAGAAAAGAAAAGAGAAAGCUUUCAUUUGACCGUGAGCCUCUUUUAGAGUAUUGCAUACGUGCGUGAGUGAGUGCGUACGUACGGGCGGGUGGGCAUGCCUCACUGAAGGAUCUGUUGAUGUCUUUUCUUUUUUUUGAUGUUGUUGCUUUUUUGUCUUUGAAGGAAUUGAGGAAGAAGGCUUCAUUUGCAUUUUUAUUUUCAUUUUUUGUUUCUCCCCCCGACUAUGUUUACAGCGCGAGAGAAAAGAGGAGAGGAGAGAAGCGCUCUCAGCUUAUGGGAAUUCAUCCUCACUUCAACCUAUUAUUUAUGUAACUGCACCGGGGUCAAAGUGAGGAAACUGGAUUAUAAUGUGAAUAAUUGUGAGAUGAAAAAAGAGAACACAGCGAAACUUAGCCUGACUGUCACGUGCCUUAUCCUGCGAUUUACUCCACCGGUACACAACACACAAACACACACCUUUUACUCAUCGCUGAUGCAUUCAAACGUGUGUAUUAUUAUAGCCCGAUGAAAACAAACAAACAAACAACAAAAACAGUGGUUUAGUAGCUGUACACACACACAUACACUCUUACAACUUACAUGAGCAUUUACAGUAAAUACACACAAAAACACACAAAAAAACACACAUAUACACACACACACUCUUAUGACUUAACUUACAAAAGCAUUUACAGUAAAUACACACAAAAACAAACAUAUACACACACAUAUAUACACAUAUAUAUAUAUACACACACACACAUACACUUACAACUUAACUUACAAGAGCAUUUACAGUAAAUAUACAAAAAACAUAUACACAUAUACACACAAACACACUUACGACUUAACUUACAAGACCUUUUACAGUAAAUACACACAAAAAAACAUACAUAUAUACACAUAUACACAUACAUACACACACACACACACUUACGACUCAACUUACAGGAGCAUUUACAGUAAAUACACACAAAAAACACACAUAAACACAUAUAUAUUUACACACACACAUGAAAUAAAACAUGCAAGCAGCACACAUAAUAAUCUUAUUUCAACCUUUCUUACCUCAAUCAGCGUCCACUGGAUAUAUAAUAGCAGUACAGAUAAAACCUGAUUAUUAUUACACAUUAUUACUUAACUUACUGAACGUACUUAAUUAAGAAUUAAGUAAAGAACAAAUGCACUGAAAUGAACUGUAGUCAGGUGGCUCUUUGUACCAGCUCCAAGAAAAAACACACAAUGUACCAUAAACCAGAUUUAAACCAGAUUUAAACCAGAUUUCAACCAGUCAAACACCAACAAAUUCACUCAAAAACACACAGAAACUCAGCUGUUCUGGAUUCAGUUUGGCAAUGUUUUUUCUUUCUCUCUGUUUUUCUUUAUUUUAUAAUUUUUGUUGACCAUCACGAUGUGACAGUGUUGGGAACAGGGUACACGUUUCCGUGGUUACGGGAGGCUGCUUGUUGAAAAUGCUGUACAGUUUCGACUGGUUCUUGAGACGUUUCACGCGCACUCCUCACAGUAUCCCCCCUUUUGAUGUAAAUCUUCAGUUCUGUAAAAAAAAUAUAAAAAUGAAUCACA